GUGAGGCACUUUGAUAAAACCAGACUGUCAGCGCCGUGUGGAGCCACAGAGAGCUGCGCCACGGUGAGAAACGGCACGGCACGGCACGGUACGGUAGCACAGAGGACUGGACCGGGUGAAUGCAGUCCUUAACACGGGACUCUGCUGCAGACACUUUUCCACCAUUUUCGGAGAUAAGAGGACGCUCAGAGUAAUCUUCACCCAGACAGGGAAGAGAAAUUUGGCUUGCAACAACAUUUUCUUCUCCGUAAUUCACGUGAAGAGAAUCUUAACGGGGCAGGGGGACACCUUAGUCAGUGGCUAACGAUAGCUAUCCGAGUGUGAAUGCACAUCUCUCAGUUGGCAAAGUCCUAUCCAUUUCAAAGUGUUGACAGCUUUAAAGAGCCCGAAGGUACCUUUCGGCAGUAUUUUGUGUGAAGCUGAGCGGGAAGGAGCCGUCUGUCCAAUAUGGAGAACGCUCACACGAAGAGUGUGGAAGAAGUUUACAGUUAUUUCUGCGUCAAUGAAAGCACAGGACUUUCCCUGGACGAGGUGAAACGACAGAAGGAGAAAUGGGGCCUAAACGAGUUACCAGCAGAGGAAGGGAAAUCUUUGUGGGAGCUUGUCCUUGAACAGUUUGAAGAUCUACUUGUUCGAAUUCUUCUACUGGCAGCAUGUAUAUCUUUUGUCCUAGCAUGGUUUGAGGAGGGAGAAGAAACUAUCACAGCCUUUGUGGAGCCUUUUGUAAUUUUACUCAUUCUUAUAGCCAAUGCCAUCGUCGGUGUGUGGCAGGAACGCAAUGCUGAGGAUGCCAUUGAGGCACUUAAGGAGUAUGAGCCUGAGAUGGGGAAAGUGUACCGGCAGGACAGGAAGACCGUGCAGAGGAUCAAGGCCAGAGACAUUGUGCCUGGUGACAUCGUGGAGGUUGCUGUUGGAGACAAGGUGCCUGCUGACAUCCGGAUCUGUUCUAUCAAAUCAACAACUCUGAGGGUAGACCAGUCCAUUCUGACUGGUGAAUCUGUCUCUGUCAUCAAACACACCGACCCUGUGCCCGACCCCCGUGCUGUCAAUCAGGACAAGAAGAACAUGCUUUUCUCUGGUACCAACAUUGCAGCUGGGAAGGCCGUGGGUGUGGUCGUGGCCUCUGGUGUUAACACAGAGAUUGGUAAGAUCCGUGACGAGAUGGCGGCCACUGAGCAGGAGAAGACACCCCUGCAGCAGAAGCUGGAUGAGUUUGGCGAGCAGUUGUCCAAGGUCAUCUCCCUCAUCUGUAUCGCCGUGUGGAUCAUCAACAUCGGCCACUUUAACGACCCCGUCCAUGGAGGCUCCUGGAUCCGCGGGGCUGUCUACUACUUCAAGAUUGCUGUGGCGCUGGCCGUGGCUGCUAUCCCUGAAGGUCUUCCUGCUGUCAUCACUACCUGCCUGGCCCUGGGCACUCGCCGCAUGGCGAAGAAGAACGCCAUCGUCCGCAGCCUGCCAUCCGUGGAGACCCUGGGCUGCACCUCUGUCAUCUGCUCUGACAAGACAGGAACCUUGACCACCAACCAGAUGUCUGUCUGCAGAAUGUUCGUUAUCAACAAAGCUGAAGGUGACAGCUGCUCUCUGUCAGAGUUCACCAUCACGGGUUCUACCUACGCACCUGAGGGAGAAGUGUUCCAUGAUGGUAAACUAGUUAAAUCCUCCCAGUAUGAUGCCCUGGUUGAACUGGCUACCAUCUGUGCCCUGUGUAAUGACUCCUCGCUGGACUUUAACGAGGCGAAAGGUGUGUAUGAGAAGGUCGGUGAGGCCACAGAGACUGCGCUGACCUGUCUGGUGGAGAAGAUGAACGUCUUCGACACUGAGGUCCACAGCCUGUCCAAGAUUGACAGAGCUAAUGCCUGCAACUCAGUGAUCAAGCAGCUGAUGAAGAAGGAGUUCACCCUGGAGUUCUCCAGAGACAGGAAGUCCAUGUCUGUCUUCUGCACCCCCAACAAGUCUCGUUCUUCCAUGGGCAAGAUGUUUAUCAAGGGAGCCCCGGAGGGAGUUAUUGAUAGGUGCACUCAUGUCAGAGUUGGCAACAGCAAAGUUCCCAUCAGCAAAGGUAUCAAAGAAAAGAUCAUGUCUGUGAUCCGUGAGUACGGGACAGGUCGUGACACCCUUAGGUGCCUGGCUCUGGCCACACGAGACAGCCCACCAAAAAUGGAGGACAUGAUACUGUCUGACACGGCCAAAUUCUCAGAGUAUGAGUCUGACUUGACCUUUGUCGGCUGUGUCGGCAUGCUGGACCCUCCCAGACAGGAGGUGGCUGCCUCUAUCAAGCUGUGCCGACAGGCUGGCAUCCGCGUCAUCAUGAUCACCGGAGACAACAAGGGCACAGCUGUGGCUAUCUGCCACCGCAUUGGCAUCCUGACCGACGACGAUGAUGUGGAGCGCAUGGCCUUCACUGGACGAGAGUUUGAUGAACUCUCACCCUAUGAUCAGCGUGAGGCUGUGACUCAUGCUCGCUGUUUCGCCCGUGUCGAGCCUUCCCACAAGUCCAAGAUUGUUGAGUUCCUGCAAGGAUUUGACGAGAUCACUGCUAUGACGGGUGAUGGAGUGAACGAUGCCCCUGCCUUGAAGAAGGCAGAGAUUGGCAUCGCCAUGGGCUCUGGCACUGCCGUGGCCAAGUCAGCCUCUGAGAUGGUCCUCGCCGACGACAACUUUUCUUCCAUUGUGGCCGCAGUUGAAGAAGGCAGAGCUAUUUACAACAACAUGAAGCAGUUUAUCAGAUACCUUAUCUCUUCCAAUGUGGGGGAGGUUGUGUGCAUCUUCCUUACUGCGGCGCUGGGCUUCCCUGAGGCUCUGAUCCCAGUCCAGCUGCUCUGGGUCAACUUGGUGACUGAUGGCCUCCCUGCCACUGCCCUGGGCUUCAACCCACCAGACCUGGACAUCAUGGAGAAGCCUCCUCGUAAUGCUAAGGAGCCCCUCAUCUCCGGCUGGCUCUUCUUCAGAUACCUGGCCAUUGGAUGCUAUGUGGGUGCAGCCACGGUGGGAGCCGCUGCCUGGUGGUUUACUCUCUCUGACGAAGGACCUCAGGUCACUCUGUACCAGCUGAGCCACUUCCUCCAGUGCGCCCCAGACCACCCAGACUUUGACGGCCUGGACUGCGAAGUGUUUGAGUCGCCCUACCCAAUGACCAUGGCCCUGUCUGUGCUCGUUACCAUUGAAAUGUGCAAUGCUCUUAACAGUCUGUCAGAGAACCAGUCUCUCCUGCGGAUGCCUCCCUGGGAGAACAUUUGGCUCCUGGGGGCCAUCUGCCUCUCUAUGUCCCUCCACUUUCUCAUCCUCUAUGUGGAACCUCUGCCUGUCAUCUUCCAGAUCACCCCUCUGGAUACGACCCAGUGGAUGAUGGUGCUGAAGAUCUCCGUGCCCGUCAUCCUGCUGGACGAGCUGCUAAAGUUUUUGGCGAGGAACUACUUGGAAUUUGGUAAACAGCUGGAGAAGCCGGCCAGAAAGGGCUGCUCUCUGUCUGCAUGUGCCGAGGGCAUCUCCUGGCCCUUCGUGGCCAUCUCCCUGCCCCUGGUGCUGUGGAUCUACAGCACCGACACUAACGUGUCCGCCAUGUUUUGGCCCUGACUGACUCCAGCACACUACCCUCCCUGUGCACCAGUGUGAAGUGGACAUUAACACACACAUCUAACACAGUUACAUUAACUCGGAACAACUUACAGUCAACACUUGCACCUGCUCUGACGCUCUGUCUGCUGUCAGAUCUUUUGUAUUUAGGACAUUGUCACCGAUACAUAUUUUUGGGCGGGGGGUUGGGGCUUAGUCAUAUUUUACUGACUUUGACUGACAUUAUGUCCAUGUGUUUUAUUUUACCAUCACGCUUUUCUCUCUUGAUCCCCUGUGUUGAACGUAUAGAGAUGCCCACCGUGUCGGAGCUAUGUGUUGAACUGUACAGAGAAUUUACACUAUUUUAUGAUAAUUAAUAUUUUGUAAUUUUUGGGAGGGGCUGUGGGGUCAAGAAUGCUGGGUGUGAAGAGGAUGAUCUAAGGACCGUAUAGUACAAUACUAAUUUUGGGGCAAAGACUUGAAUGUAUUUGCCCUAGCAUGAAUCUCUGUAGUCAUUUUUUGAGCUCCAUGCGUCGUCGUUCAUUCUUUUCUGCAUUAGGCAGAGCACAGCUACCUCAAUGCUGUUAAUAUGAUCAUUACUACCCAUUUGUCUUAACAAUCAUUUCAUAGAUUAGCAUUUGAAGUGUUGAGGUAAGCACCAUUUUGUUUUGCAGUAGAGACAAAACCCUCACACACAUUUUUAUGUUGUUGUUUUUUUUUUUUUUAAAUAUAUAUAUAUAUAUAUAUAUAUAUAUAUAUAUAUAUAUAUAUAUAUAUAUAUAUAUAUUUCUUUUCUCUGUUAUUGGAGGGAAGAGAGGACAAAGAAAUGUUACGAGUUUGAUUCAAAGCAAUUUUUGAUAAAGCCUGUUGUUAAAUUUGUUUACUUGAAGAAAAUACAUUUAUCUUGAUUUUAUUUUUUAAGUUGGAUUUUUUGAGAUUCACUCUCAACGUUCAGUCUUAAUUUAGCAACUUAACGACAGUAAUCUUUAUAAUGUAUGUAUAAUGUGCACAUACUGUACUUGAACAUGUAAAAAGGCACCAAGAAGCUGUUAGUCUUAUCAACUGAGCACAACAUGGACGGCCGGUCAUUGGAAGAGUCUGUAUAUCUGUACAUAGCACACAAAGUAGAAUCUCUGUAAACAUAUUUUUGUUGUUGUGACUGUCAAAAUGCUCCAUACAUUUACACUAGUUUACUUAAGCGUGGUCUUAGCCUUUCUGCAUGCCUGCUCCAAUAAUACCAGGCCAGCAAGUGCUUUGAGUUUUUUUUGGUUUGUUUUUUUAGUUUUGAAGCUAAUUGUUGUUUCUUCCAAUGCCUUCCACCUGUUUACCUGCAGAGUGAGUACACUUUGACCUGCAUGCCAACUAGCGCUCUCUUCUGUGGUUGCACACACAGCUUUGCAGUCUGUCAUUGCUCAUGUGAAUGUGAAAGCAAUGACAGCUCCUGAAAUGUUUGAUAGGACUAGCAGUUUUUUUAAAGUAUACUUCAAUGGUACAGGAGUAAGAGGAGAAAAAGGAAGGUGUUUAAGAUAUUGUUUGAAAAUGCCUUCAAUGUCACCAAGUGCCAGGUACACACUGAGUAGAAAUAGGAACCUUUUGCAUUUUAAACUGGCACUGUCACUGGUGCCGGUUAUUUUUGACUGUAGUCUGGCAGCAUGUUUUGGCAACUGGCAGAGACACUGACAUUUAAGUGCCCCCACACCAUUACAGGACAUGGUGGUGUUGUUUUUAUUUCUAUGUCUUUUUUCAUUGCAUUUGUCUUUUUACCUAAUCUUCUGCUUGCCCAUAGCAUGGCCUUAAUAUAUUUGCUCUUUUUAUUAAAAUAAGUAUUAAUGAAUUGAAACGAUUUGCUGCUCAGAUGCUUUUUACUUUGGCCUGUGAUUCUUGUGUCCACUGAUGUGAUUUCUUCCUCUCUUCUUUUUCUUUGCAGCAAAGGCCAAGUAAGCCCACCUCUACUCUAAAUUCCUUGCAGAAACUUUGGUUUUGUUUUGUGUUGUGCAUGUGUGUUUUGGGCAGCACAUCUUACAAGAGCUGCAUGUCAGUUGAAUAAUAUGAAGACAGAGGCUCAUAAAGUUCGUACAUCAUUUUUAUAGAACAGCCAUGAAUACAUGUCUGAUUAAAACUAGCCAAUGCCACCUCAUCAGUCCUUCCAUCCUCCUGCAUGAAGAGCCUUAGAUUAUGAUACAAUUCUCAUGGCAUCUUUUUAGACAAAGAUCUUAGUACCGUGUACAGCAAAUUGUACAAUAUUCCAUGGUGCAUGUCCGCUGAGUCAGCCAACUGUUUUACCAGACUUGUGUAAUAGACAAUGUAUAGUAUUGGUAAAUAGAAUAGACAUUCGUCAGAUAGUACAAAUGUUAAAUAAGCUCAAAAACAGUUCAUCUUUCCUAAGGAAAUACUUUUAUGGAAUAUUUAAAAACUAAACAGCCUUUUUUUUUUGCUUUGCACUGAGAUGUGCAACAUGUUUGGAGCAGAUUUUGCCAUAUCUGGGAAGGCAGACGUGCAGCGGUGCAGUGAUGCAUACGCUUUACCAUGAGAACGGCAGGCAGUCCCUCCACUGGCAUUUUUUGCCAAACUGCUGUACUGUAUUUUCAGAGAUGAUUGUACAAUGUAUCACAUGAACUUUGGUUUCAGGUAAAUAAAACUGUCAUACAUGAAGAGUUUA